AGUACCAAAAUUCGUCCUCGGGAAUGACUGACCUGUGUGGAUUGGUCUUGAUCAACACUAUCACUCAAAAGAACCGUAUAAUCUAUUCAGCUUGUGCGCUAGCAAUGCUAAGUUCCCCAUGAAUAGUUGGUAUUGGUACGAAACUCGUUUCUACCAUGGUUUCUUGCUGCAAAAAUCACUGAUAAAAUGUCCCAGAGAACUUCAAUGAAGCAGCACGAAGCCAGAAAUCCUCCGAAAAGAAUGGAUCACUACAAGAACUCUGACCUUCGCUACGAACUUCUGCAGGAGGACAGCUCAUUUGGUCCAUCAAUUCAUCAAAAUCGGGUGAAUAUUAUGUGGGUUGCACUUUGUCUUAUCGGUCUUACCACAGCAGUCAUCUCAGCUGUUGUGUACCUUGCAUGCAGUAAUUAUGAAGAAAUCUUUCCUGAAUCCAAACUAAUCGAGAUGGACUUGAUCAUUUUUGGCCCUCAAAAAGUGGUUAAAGGGGACUAUAAAUUUGUAAAACAUAGAGCCGAAAAGUAUGCUCAGUCCACCUAUGACCAUGCAAAUUCUACCAAUUGGAACACUUUUGCAAAGAAUGUUCACGCCGAGGCUGAUCAGAAAUUUCGAUACAUUCCAAAGAAAUACAAACUAGUAUGCUACUAUACUCUUCCCAAAAACGUCUCAACAGGACAGCUGUUACCCGGUAAUAUAGAUCCUAAUUUGUGUACCCAUAUUAAUUUGGCAUUUGCGUUCAUCGAAAAUAAUGGCAGUAUUAUCCCACAGGCCGAAGCUGAUUUUGAGGUCUACUCUCAGGUAAUUGAACUAAAGAGGUGGAAUCCUAGGCUGAAGGUUUUAAUAUCCAUCUCUUGUAAUGAUUAUGCUGGGAAAGGUCUAUUAGAUACUAUCAACAUCCCUCGUUUACGCAAAAAAUUUGUCUCCAUCUUAAUGAAAUUCUUGGACACACAUAAUCUAGACGGAAUUGAUUUUGAUUGGGAGUUUCCCUCCUGGCCAGACGCUAGCCCUGCUCAAAAAGAAAAAUUUGCUAUGCUUUUGGAAGAUAUAAAUCUUGCUUUUAAAAGAUUACCACCUGAAAGGCGAUACAUUUUAUCAGUUGCUGUUGCUGCCCCUGCUUCUAUCAUUGAUCAAGCAUACAACAUCCGUAAAAUGGCUAGGUCUGUGGACUUCAUCAAUCUAAUGGCUUAUGAUUAUCAUUACUGGACUGCGUACUUGCCUUUUACUGGUCCUAAUGCGCCUAUUUAUGCCGCUGCCAAUGAUUACAACUAUUUUGCCACCCUUAAUGCUAACUGGUCGGUUCACAAGUGGGUUGAUGAGGGCAUGCCCAAAGAAAAAAUUAUUCUUGGAGUUCCAACAUAUGCCCAUACUUACGAAUUGUACAAUCCACUGAAUCAUGGUUUUAUCUCACCAGCAUGCGGUUUUGGCAGUAGCAUUGGAUAUGAUGGUUUUGCCAGCUACAAUGAAGUUUGCCGAUUUUUGAGUGAUCCUGGUGUGAAAAUGGUUUUUGAUCACAACACCAGAACACCGUAUGCUUUCAAAGAUAAGGACUGGAUUUCUUUUGAUAAUAUUGAAAGUUUAGGUUACAAGGCGAGCUAUGUAACAGAGAAUGGUCUAGGCGGCAUCAUGGUCUGGGCAUUGAAUUUAGAUGAUUAUGAUGGUACCUGCAGUAAUAAACCAUUCCCACUAGUCCGACGAUUAAAUGAAACUUUAAGUGAUGACUUCCUGUGACCUAGUACCAGCAAGCGAAUGUAAAUAAUCAAAAAUUUACUAUUAUUUCUGCUCCAGUAAAAUAUCACAGUGCUGCAAAUUUUGGCUGAAUCUAGUAAUUUCUGAAGAAUUAACUCCUAAGAACCCUCCAAAAAUCUUUAUCGAUGUGUGAAGUUGAAAAAUGGGUAUCUGCGUGGCAGUGUCUCAAAAUCUCGGACCACAUUCAAUUUUUUAAGAAAAAACUAAGCAAUAUAACUCCUUGAAAUUUUCUGUGAAUCUGAUUGAAUUGAAUGAGGGAAGAAAAUAAUUCAAGAAAAUCUGUAAUUUCCAUUUCUUUUGAAGAAAUAAAUUGAGCGGAAGUAUACAACGUGGCAAUCGAAGUUAUGCACCCCCCAACUUGAGC